UUCUGUAAAGCGAAACUGUCAACAGAGCAUGUGAAACACGCGCUCCCUCGGAAAACAACGUUGAAUUGUUGGGAAUAAUUCGUGCCGCAAUAAGAUUCAACAGCAAAGAAAUGGCUGAAAUAACCGAAAAAGAAAGUGGCGAUGUUGCUAAUACUGCAGUUGCUGCAACCAAUUCACCGGAGGUUAAAAUGGAGACAAAUGCUGCCGAAGGAAAGCCGAAGAAAAUUCGUAAGCCGCUUGUAGGUAAAGGUGCCGGCAUGAUUUUCAUCAAACACCUUCCGAAAGGAUUCAACGAAGCACAGCUGCGAGAGUUCUUCAGACAGUUUGGUGCUGUAGCAGGAGUGUAUCUUGCACGGUCGAUGCGAACACAGCACUGCAAAGGUUAUGGUUACGUGCUUUUUCACUAUCACGAGGUUGCCGAAAUUGCAGCUAGUGCUGUAAACAAUUACAUGAUGUUUGGACGCGUGCUGAAAGCGACCGUUCUACCGCGGAGAAUGACCAGAGUGCCACGUAAUUUUGGACGAGCGUGUAAUUCGAAGGGCGAACUGUCCAGUGCCUGCCGUAAAUGGUUGAACCGUAAAGUUAGUCGUGCGAAUCGAUACCUUGGUCCCCAGGCACGUCUUGAGCGGGUUUCGAAACAGAUGAAACGUUUGAACCGUGCCGAGCGGAAACUUCGUGAAGCCGGCAUCGAGCUACCGGUCGCACAUAACGCUAUGUCUAAAUUGAAGGCACAAACAAAAGACUUGGAAGAGCAGGUUAAGGAGAAUUUGGCUAAAAGAUCUGCCUUAAAAAAACAGACGGAAAUGGCCGUUGAGCAGUUAGUAAAAGACAGUAAGGAUGAAAAUAGUGGUGAUGGUGAGGAAAUGGCCGUUGAACAGGUAGUAAAGGUCAAAAAUGAAAAUAGUGGUGAUGGUGAUGAUGGUGACGAUGAUGAUGAUGGCGAGAACGAGGACGCAGAAACUGCCUUCAGUAUGUUACUGCCAUCCGAUUGGAACGUUGAAGAACCCAUCGCAAAUGAAGCGGCAGCAGGGAAAGCGAACAAGGAAGAGGCAGUAAGGAAAGCACUAAAGGUAGAGAAAUCGUUCGUUUUAGCAAAAAGUAAAGCUAACAAACCAGAUGCUACUACCAAGACCGAAAACAAGAAACCAGUUGCUACUAUCAAGAAGGAAAACAAGAAACCAGUAGCUACUAGCAAGAAGGAAAACGAGAAACCAGUUACUACUAGCAAGAAGGAAAACAAAAAAGCUUUACCGGCAAAAACACAACAUGAAAAAGCAAAGCUAACUUUGUCCAAGAAGAAGCAAAGUGAAGUGGCUGCAGUACCAUCACUGAAAACAAAAACGAAAGGACAACAGACCGCAGUCGCAAAGUCCGCUAAAGUCGUAAAAUCCGCUAAAUUAGGUAAAAAGGUUAAGUAAGCUAUACAGAACUAAACCCUUGGCGCAUAAAUGGGCGCAAGUUAUUGGACGAGUUUAGCCUUCCGUGGUCAAAUUAGAAAAAGGCUUCUAUUAAACACUCAGCAAGAUAGGCAAUUUCAAACCGGAAAGUGAUUCCGCUUGGAAUUACACGCAAGGAAAUGUCUUUGUAUACUAUUCGAUCAUUUAGUUUUAAUGUCCGAAUGUCUGUUUCAGGUUAAUAUCAAGUUUAUUUCUUAAUAAAAAGAAAUUCGUACAAUUGUA